UUAAGAUUUUUAAUAUGGAGCUCACAAAGACCUUCAGUAAAAUUUGGAUUUGAGUUUUACUCUUUACCACCUUCACUGCAGCAAUGAGACUUACCCAAGAGGUUGAUCUAGGACCUACCAGUGGAGAGAUCCCUAAUGGAGAGUAUGUAGCUAGAUUCGCAGUCAAUCAAGGAUCUAAUUUACAUGCUUCUGUCAGAGUCAGGCUGACAGAGAAAUAUAAGGAAGAUAAAGAAUAUCCAGUCUUUUUAUACCUUAUCCAUGAUCCUGAAUGGGAAUCUGUAAUUCACGGAUAUAAUUGAACAAGCAUCCCAGACAAAGCCAAGUUCUCAAUUCCCCCACUGACUCUAAGAGGUGACGGUGAGUGGAGCAGAUGGGCUUCUGUAGAAGAACCCGACUUGCCUGAAACAACUGUCGUCUACAUUGUCAUCACUGAUUGCCAAGGUGCCACUCAUCAAGCAGACCCAAAUCUCCCACCCAUCGAAGUCGAUGUCCACAUGCUGAACCACGGCUCAGAACUCUCACACGAAGACCAUGGCUUGAUUUACUUGUACCCGGUUCUGUUCAUCGUGUACUUCUAUUUCUUAGCAAAGAGCGUUUACUCGCUGGGUAAAGACGCCUUGAACGAUGUUGAAGUCGACCCUGCCAACAUCGGAAUCAUCUUCGCCAUUUACACUGAGUUCUUGCACAUUGCAUGCACAUCCAUCCACUUGUACGUGUAUGCCUACAACGGCUCUGGGUUCUACUUGCUGGACUUGUCGGCGACCUUCUUCCAGAUGACUGCACAGGUCGUAGUGGUCGGCUUGUUCACAAUGAUUGCUCAUGGAUGGAAGAUCACCGAGAACGACAUUGCAGAGAACACAGGGCUGGUCGUGCUGGGCGGAGUGAUCUGUGUAGUCCAGUCACUGGCAUCUUACUUGACAUUCUUGGAUGACGGAGCUCAUCACAAGUAUCACGAUUACGGAGGAUACCAAGGCAUAAUUAUGGUUGCUUUGAGAAUCCUUACAUGGAUCGUAUUCGUUUAUGGAAUCGUUAAGAAUAUUGGUAAAGUUAAUAGGAAAGCUAAGCCACUACUUAAAGCUCUAUCAGUUGCCGGAUCUUUGUACAUGAUGGCAUUCCCUGGACUCUGGUUCUUGUGUUACUUGAUUCCAGGAUAUCUCCAGAACAGAGUGAUUGUAUUCGGAAACUUGUUCAUCCAGCUAUUUUCCGUUAUCAUAUUGAUCAACCAGUUGUCCAAGAGAGAUUCCAAGUUUUCAGAGGCAUCAAAGAUUUCCAAGAAAGUGCUUCCAUCAGCAACUUAGAGAAUCAUCAAAUGAAAAUUCAAUUAG